GUAUGUUUGAGGUUCCCCCUCUGCCAUGGAAUCCUGGCCUUUGCUGGCCUGGGUCUUCCUCCUUAGUCUGCUUGCCAGCCACCUGAAAGUAAUUCAAGCCCGAGACUUUACAGUAAAAGAUAUUGUCUACCUUCACCCUUCAACCACUCCAUAUCCUGGUGGAUUCAAAUGUUUCACUUGUGAAAAAGCCAUAGACAACUAUGAAUGCAACCAGUGGGCUCCAGAUAUCUAUUGCCCCAAAGACACACGAUACUGUUAUACAGAACACAUGCUGGAAGCCAGUGGAAAAAGCAUAUCUGUUACAAAGCGCUGUGCACGUCUGGAGCAUUGUUUGUCUACUGGAUGCCUAAUUUUCCCAGAUGGACUGAAGAUCUGCACUUCUUGCUGCGAAGGAAACAUCUGCAACUUGCCAUUGCCCAGAAAUGCAAGUGAUGCAAUAUUUGCCACGACAACCCCCAUAAACCAUACCCAAAGACAUUGGGAAAAUGCAUCCGUGGUGAUGUCAUUUCUCCUGUUAGUCUUUGCCGCGUGGGUGUCCUAG